AUAGGGCAAGAAGAGAGAAGGAAGAAAACACCACCCCAAAAAGCUCGCCCGUUCCACCCCCAAACCGCACCAGACCUGUUUGCUCGGACGGGCAAGUUCAACCCGAUAAAUAGGAAACGCUAAAGAAGGGCACGCAAACGCGAAAAACGGUGGCGAAGGAGGGUAAAGUUGUUAAACAAGAAAGUGGAAAAAACAAGUGCGCGUCGCUCGGGUCUGCAGUGCGUUUUGUACCGUUGCGUCUGCUCGUACGCAAAGCAAAGCAAAGAAGGGGGAAACGGAACGAAUAGAAGAAUUCCUGUGCCAGUAAAAUCACCAUCGUCCAUCGCCCGCCCCACGCCCCAUCGCAGUGCAUGCCACAGAUACAGGAAUGGAGCUGGAUAAUAUAUACCUGAACAAGCUGCCGAUCGUAGCUGCCACGGGCAGCGAGGGCGGCACCUGGAACCACUACGCGUUCAUCGAGAGCACCUGGGGCGAGCGCAAGAUACUGCUGAAGAUAAUCGUGUUCAGCCCGCUGUACAACACGCCCCUCAGCUUCCUGUCCGAGAUCGACCACGAGGUGCUGCAGCAGACGGCCAUUCGGCUGGAGCGGCCCUGGAACGAUUUCCUGCACGAGACCAAGCUGGCACUCUGCACCGAGGGCGGCGCGAACGGGUUCAGCUACGCGGUCGAGGAGAACAAUUUCGUGUGGCGCAAGGUGGUGGGGCCCGCGCUAACCGUCGCGUACGGUUCGGUCAUACUGCUGCGCUCCCAGUGCCUGCUGUCGGAUGUGCUGUCCAACUCAAUCGCCACCCAGAACCGUUUGCGCAACGAUGUGCAGCUGAAGAACAAGGUGCUGCACGAGCUGAAGGAGGAGCACGAGGAGCUGGUCGAGCUGCAGCGCCAGCAGGAAGAGGACAGCCGGCUGUACGAGAUCGAACUGAUAACGAAGUGCAUCAGCAUACUGAACGAGAAGAAGGAGGUGAUCAACCAUCUGAAGAAAAAGCUUGCCGAAGACGACGAUGAAGCAGAGGGCGAGCAGGAAGGGCGGGACGAGGACGAGCGAGAGGAGGAGGAAGAGCGCCGGCGGGUUGAGACGACGGCUGUCGCGGCUGCGGCGGCGGCGGCUGCUGCUGCUGCUGCUGUGGGGUCGUACGGUGGUCGGCGGUUGGCGACUGAAGAGGAAGAUGCCGCAGCAUCCCCGCUUGGAGCGAGCGAUUCGGAACCGUUCCUGGUGGACAGCGAUCCACAGGAUCAGGACGAGCACGGCACGCUGCCCAAGCGAACGAAGUAUCAGCUGGCGCAGCGUAGUGCAACGACCACAUCGGCCAGCAGUAGUGUGUCGUCCACGGUUACCCGCAAAUCGACGGUGCCAGAGGAGGACGAUGUCGGCGCACAGGAACAGCCCGAUGGCCAGCUGGACGAUCUGUACAAUAAGGACACGCAGGAACUUUUGCAGCAGAUGUAAACUAGUGAUGGAUAAAGUUGGCAAAAAUCCGGAGUCGACUCCGAUCCGACUCCGAUAAUUUCGGAACCGACUCCGGAAGGUUGAUCCGCCCAGCAUUAUCCGAAGUCGUUCGGAAUCGUCCCCAGUCGGUCAGAGUCGUUGGAAGUCGGAGUUAUCGGAAGUCGUCUGGAGUCAUUCGGAGUCGUCGGAGUCGUCGGAGUUGUCUGGAAUCGGUUGGAGUCGGAGCCGGCCUUCGAAACAAAGGCUCUGGACGACUCCAGACGAUUCCAAACGAUUCCGGACGACUCCGACUCCGGGCGGAACGGGUGGUUCGGUUAUGGCUGGAGUCGGAAUUGGACUAACAAUAGCCGGAGUCGGAUCGGAGUCGUGGGUGCGCUCCAAAGAGCACAUCACUAAUGUAAACGUUAGACUGGAAAGGAAGGAAGUGGAAGCACGAGGCAUUUUUUAAACGAAACCACAUAAAUCAGCAAAAACAUCUCCGUUUUGCGUUUAGAUUAGGAUAAGCCAGCGUUUGUGUGUAGUUUGUGAGUGAUUGCAUUUCGGUUUCCUUUCAAAUCAAACUCCCAUCAUUAUCAUCUUUAUUCCUUGCGUUACAAAAAUGCCAAACAAAUUAGAUGGCAGUUAGCUGGCGGAAGCAGAUGGCGAACCAUCGUACUUUAAAUCAAUUGUAUGUGUCGUAAGCGUAACAAGCAGCAACAGUGUGUCAUAGUGCAAUGGAAUAUUUUAGCGUAAUUUAUGUGCCAACAAUACAGGGUAAGGGAGUGAAAUCAAGUGUGAGAAUCUGUAAAGCUUUUCUUUCUGGCGGGAUUCUACCCAUUUACGAAAUUUUACUUUACGUGUUUCGUAUUUCGAUAGCCCCUCUCUCUCUCUAUAUCAACCCUUUCUACCAUUACCGUUUCUAUUCCCUUGCGAUCGAAGUUCUGACUGAACCAAAACCGAAGGGCAGUAAGUUAAGAUUGAAAACAUUUGCUAUAUUCCUUUUAAGGAGGAGGAAUUCGAUUCAAACGUAGUAUGUAACUAUUUAUUAUUUUAUAUUGCCAUUUGAUUUAAGUCAUAUCGCAUUACCCAUUUUUUGAUAAUAAAAAGGAUAAUCAUCAAUUUACGGUAAA